AAAACGAUUAGGGUAAAUUUCUGCCAAACGGAAAAUUUGUCUUGGCGCAAUAAUUCAAACAUUAAUUCCAUGAAUGCCGUAGUGUGCUUUCCCACCACCUCGUUUCCUCGGCUUGCAAGCCAUCAACAACCCUUCCCACCACUCAAAACAAAGCUACUCAAUGACGCCUUCAAUCCAUCUUCUAAACUUUUAAAUAUCAAACAAAACCCAAAUUGCAUAACAAUCACUUGUGGCGUUUCAUUUUCUGAGCAAUCCCUCUUCUUGAAUCAUGACUGGCCACAGCUCCUCCAAAUCUCAAUUGGGUCUGAAGAUUUUCUUCUGGGUCAGGCCAUUCAUGGCUUUUUAUUGAAAUUUGGUUACCAAAAUGACGUCUUUCGUGGCAAUAAUCUUGUAAGCAUGUAUGUGAAAUUCGACAAAUUGGAUGAUGCACAAAGGGUGUUUGAUGAAAUGCUUGAUCGGAAUACAAUCACAUGGACCUCUCUUAUUAAUGGGUAUUCCCGGGUUCAUGAUGUUAAAUCGGUUACUAGAAUAGCUCAUCAUAUGCAUAAAUCUCAUGAAGAAUUUAAUGAGCACACUUGUUCGGUAAUUUUGCAGGCGUGUGAGUCACCGGACGAAAGGAUUUGUGGUGAACAGAUUCAUGGUUUUGCCAUAAAAAGCGGGUUUUGUGAUAAUGUUUUUGUUGGAACUUCUUUAGUUUCUAUGUAUUCAAGAAGUGGCCAGUUGGAUGAUGCAGAGAAAUUGUUCAAUGAGUUGACUUACAAAGAUGUUCGCUGUCUGAAUUUUAUGAUUUCGGAAUAUGGGAAUGCUGGAUAUGGGGAGAAAGCACUUUGGUUCUUUUUUGAGUUGCUCCGUAUUGGGUUGGAACCAAACGAUUAUACAUUUACCAAUGUAAUAAGUGCUUGCAAUGGAACUGUAGGUUUGGAGGAAGGCAGGCAGCUACAUGGGCUUGCUAUUAAGCAUGGUUUAGUGGCUAAAACCUCUGUUGGAAACACAAUUAUUACAAUGUAUGGAAGGUAUGGGUUGGUUGAAGAGGCUGAGUGUAUGUUUCAUGGAAUGGCUGAGAGGAAUUUUGUUUCUUGGACAGCUCUUCUAUCAGCAUAUGUGAGAAAUGGCCAUGGUCACAAGGCCUUUGUUGGGUUCUUAGACAUGGUUAACCAAGGAUUAAAUUUGGAUUCUAAUUGUUUAUCUUGCGUGCUUGACGGCUGUUCAGAGUGCCAGAAUUUGGACUUUGGACUUCAAAUCCAUGGAUUUGUGAUAAAGCUUGGCCUGGUCUCUAAUAUUAAUGUGUUGACUGCUUUAAUUGAUUUAUAUGCCAAAUGUGAGAACCUUCAAUCUGCAAGAUUGUUUCUCAAUGGUCUCUCAGUCAUAAAUACUGCCUCAUUCAAUGCAUUUUUAACGGGAUUUACAGAGGUAGAUGGAGGAGAUGACAAAGAUGCAAUGCUUUUGUUUAAUCAACUCAGACUCACGGAAUUAAAACCAGAUUCAGUAACGUUUGCCUGUCUCAUUAGUUUAUCUGCCGAUCAAGCUUGCCUAGUUAGAGGGACAACUCUUCACGCUUAUGCCAUUAAAACAGGAUUUGAAUCUGACUUGACCGUAGGUAAUGCUGUAAUCACCAUGUAUGCCAAAUGUGGAAGCAUUUUAGAUGCUCAUCAAAUGUUUACUGGUAUGAAAGUGCAUGAUUCAGUAUCUUGGAAUUCCAUGGUUUCUGCUCAUGCCCUCCAUGGGCAAGGUAAAGAAGCAGUUUCUCUUUUUGAAGAAAUGGUAAGUGAAGGAUUUCUUCCUGACAAGAUUACAAUACUGGCUGUUCUUCAAGCUUGUAGUUACUCCGGUUUAUGUAAUUAUGGGUUUUGUGUAUUCAAUGAAAUGGAGAGGAAAUAUGGGAUUAGGCCAGUACUUGAGCAUUUUGCUUGUAUGGUUGAUCUUUUUGGGCGAGCUGGAUUUUUCUCUGAAGCCAUGGAUUUCAUUAAUGAAAGCCCAUUUUCAGACUCACCACUUCUUUGGAGAACUUUAGUCCAUGUGUGUAAGCUAUUUGCGGAUCUCAAGUUUGGCAAGAUGGCUUCUAAACAUUUGCUUUAUCUGCAACCAAAAGAAGCCGGAUCUUACAUGCUUGUUUCAAAUAUUUUUGCCGGCGAGAGAAUGUUUGAUGAGGCUUCUAGGGUAAGGACUGUAAUGAAUGACUUAAAGAUAAGCAAAGAAGCAGGUUGCAGCUGGAUUGAGAUAUAUAAUAAGACCCAUCGGUUUGUGGCAAGCAGCAAAGAUCACCCAGAAAGUAGAGAUAUUUAUGUGAUAUUGGAUCAACUGAGGGUUGAGAUGGAACACAUAAAUGGUGAUAGAACUGAUCUUCGACUGAUUUGAGAUCCAAUGAAAAUACUUUGAAGUGAAAAAGCGUCCCUUUUCUCAUGUCAAAGAGGCAACAGACUUGGUUCCAUGUACAUAAUAGUUUUUCUGUCUAACCAGCUAUUCCACAUCUGCAAAUUAUUUGCUUUGGUGGUUCAACACGACUAGGAUUGUAUAACAAUUAAUAGAUUUGAGAUGAUAAGAGCGGUGUCAUUUUUGCUCGAUUAAGACUGCAGGAAAAGUGGGAUUGUAUUAGUGGAAAAACUUCCUCACUGUACGUAUGGUUAUCCAUACUCCUUCAUACCAAUAAUUGAUAUGGAAUCAAGAAUACCAGCUAGUUUGUUGAUUA